AUGCGUCAGGAAAAGCCCGAAGCGAACAUCCAGUCGGACUUUGCUUUUCUCCCAGACGUCUCGGUAACCUGCUCCACGUCGGACUUCGUUGUGAGGGUCAAACCGGCUUUCUACGGUCUGGGCGCAGAUGUAGAGGAGCUGAGAUUAGGCAGCAGCUGCAAAAGCAACGGGCUCCUCAGACCGUACGGUGACCUGCUCUUCACGUAUCCGCUGACAGCGUGUGAUGGAGUGCGUGAGCUGCCACACGGUUAUCUGGUCUACAAAUUCGAGCUCCACUAUGAGCCUUCGCCGAGACGUUUUCCGAGCAGAGCGCACCGGAUCAAAGUCGAGAUUGAAUGCCGUUAUCCAAGGGACCAUCAUGUACACCAGCUGGCUGUACGGCCCACCUGGCAAACUUAUGUCAUGCGUAAAAGGCUGAAAGGACGUCCGAGUGACUUCCAGAUCAAAUUAAUGGAUGAUUCACGGAGCGAACCAGCUCAGUCUCAGGUGUACCAUCUUGGGCAAACUAUGCAUUUCCAGGUUUCUGCUCCUUUCCUUCCUCCUGGAGGAAAACUGUACAUCAAUAGCUGCUAUGCAACGCCAUCCAGUGACUCCAAAUCAUCCCUCAAAUACACCAUCAUAGACAACUAUGGCUGUAUGCUGGACAGCAAGCGGGACCCGGGAGCGUCCCAGUUCAUUUCCAGGACAGACAACAGCCUGAGCUUGUCGUUAAAGGCCUUCCAGUUUACUGUUGACCCCGACACUGAGGUCAGCAUCCACUGCAAAUUAUUUGUGACGUCAGAGGACCCUGGUCCCACACACAAAUCCUGCACAUACAGAGACAACAGGUGGAAGGCCCUCACUGGCGACGACUCCAUAUGCGAAUGCUGCGAGUCACAGUGCGUGACCUCUAAGCCCUGGACAGCCAUGAUGGAAGGCUCUGCCAGAAGUGGGCCAUUGUUGGUUUCAGAUCAGCCGUACACACCAGAAGAAGGCUUUCUGCCAGUCAGAUCCUCUGUCUUUAGCAACAGAAAAGAAGACGAGGUCGCAGAAAACCAUGACAUUGAUGAGCUGCACAGUAAUGAAACGCUUUGGGAAAUUGAGGAAGUAGUGAAGAAUGAUGAUGGUUUAGAAGACGAGGAGCUGCAGCUUGAAGAAAGUGGAACUAUCCUCGGAGACAUGAAAGAACCUGAUUUAGAUGAGUUGAGUUUAAGGGAGAGGUUGCUGGAGGAUGAGCAGAGUGAACCUGAAGUGAGGAAUUUAAAUGAGUACAAGGAGGACGGAUCAGGGUAUGAAGAAAGGGAUUCUUCACAGAGCAAAGUGAAGGAAAGAUUUAAGGAGGGUGGUGAGAUUUCUGACAUGGAUCAAAUGAUCCAUCUGAGUCAGAGGAAAGGUGAAGGGCUCCCUCACUGGGUGCAGGUGGAGGAAACAUUACUAUCCGAAGUCAGCCUACAGAGGAAGGUAGAGCCACCUGACUCUACACAUGGGGUAGAAAAUGGGACACAUACAGGUAGAGGUGAAGGGGGUGACGUGAUGAUAGCUUCAGAGGUUGAGAGGAGGAAUGACAGCAGCCUGGCAGAGAGAGAUGAGAAGGAGAUGACGUGGUAUUUCACAUGGACGUAG